CAAGAGGGACCAUCCUGAGCUCAGCAAUGGGCUACCUCUUGCCACUCAGAGCCCUGUUGGUGGCCAAGUUGCCCCAGGCCUGGCAGAGCCGCCUCGGGGCUGAGGCACUGACGGCCUGACCUGAGGAGAUGCUGCUUCCAGCCACGGCGGAGCAAUGGGAGUCGCAGGACAGUAGCUCAGCGGCCUCAACAGGGACGGUCACCAGUCUCAGCACCAUGCAUCACCAGAGCUCCUUGCUGGAGACGAGGGAGGAGACCCAGCUGACGAGCGCCCGCCGGCUCUGGGCCUUGCUCCAGGGGGGCAUCCGGGCCACUACGGAGAAGAUGAAGAAGGAAGAGCUGAGGCCUGCCCAGCUGACCCACGGCCUCCAGCACCUUCGUCACCUCAGCUUCCUGCAGCCUGUGCGCCACGUUGCCUACAACAGCAGCGCCAGCCACUUGGUGGUCCUGGACGCGGAGAGCCAGCUGCACCUGCACAAGGAGGAUGGCUGGCUCAGCCACAGCACGCAGGCCCCAGAGCCCAUCGUGGGCUUGCUGUACGCCACCCAGGUCAACAAGUAUGUGGCCUGGGACCAGGGCAGCCUGCAGGUGCUGGGCCCAGCCUUCGAGAUGCUCUCCAAGGUGCUUGCCCCGCAUGGCAUCCGUUGCUGCUGCUACAGCCCAGAGCUCAAUCAGGUGGUGACAGCUGGAGCGGGCAGCCUGUCUGUCUGGGCCUUCCGCUAUGGAUUCCGCCAGCUGCAGUGCCAGGCCACCGUGCAGCAGGGCCUGUCCCCUCGCGACACCUUUACCCAGCUGGCCCUGGACACCGGUGUCCCCCAGACAUGCUUUGCUGCCUGCGGCACCGGGGUUGCUGUCUUCAACAUCUCUCAGGGGGAGCUACUUACCUUCCAGAGGGACCUUCACAACAGGGCCAUCACUGACAUCACCUAUUGCGAGGCAGGGGCAUGCGUGGUGACGGCCUCCCGCGACACCACCAUCAAGGUCUGGGACAAGAAGUGGCUGAUCCAGACAAUCUUCGUGGGACACACUGGGCCUGUGACUGCUGUGACCAUCUACCCCCAGGGGCCCCUCAUUCUCUCUGCCUCCCAGGACGGCACCAUUCGCACCUGGAACCUGCAGACCAUUGACCAGGUGGACGAAGUGCAUGUGGCCGAGGUGGUGGAGCAGCUGCAGACGCACCGGGAGGGGGGGUACGUGGUCUCGCUGACCGGCUCCACCAUGGACCUUUGGAAGGUCAACCAGCUCUAUUCCCUGCACACCCGGCUGGGUGCCGCCGUGAUGCGCCUCUGUACCGUUGACCUGAGUGCCAUGGGCAGCUUCCCAGUGCGGGCUGUGUGCGUGUGCCAGGACUCCACCGUGCGGCUCGUGGCUGCGCACACUGGCCGCAUCCUCUCCACGCUGCUGCUGGACAGGCCCUGCCAGGCUGUGGAGGUGGCCUACUGUCUGCCCAAGGAGACCCUGUUUGUGCUGCUGGAGCUGGGCCAGCUCCUGAGGGUGAACACUGCCGUCAACCCCAUGAGUGUCAAGAAGAUGGUGGCGCCCUGGAGUGAGUCGGCACGGCCCUGCUGCCUGCUCCUCUACAGCCACCUCGUGGACCCCGAGAAGGCCUAUGCCCAGUGGCAGGAGAUCGUGGAGCAGAAAGGGGACAAGAAGGCCUGGGCACAGCUCCCGCUAAAGCUGCAGGACAAAAACAGGUACCUCCUAGUGCUGGGGCAGGAGGAUGGCUCGCUCUGCGUACUCCAGUGGUUCACCGGGCGUGUUCAGUACCAGGUGGAGGCUCACGGCUCGGAGCGGGUGACCGCGCUGGCUGCCUACCCCCUCGACACCUGGAUCAUCUCAGCUGGUGGCGAUCGCACGGUGAAAGUCUGGCGCAUCUUCCCCUACAUUGAUGAGUGCCUGACCCUGCUGCUGAGCUUCUCCUGCCAGCAUCCCGUGCUGCACUUGUGCCCGCUGGGCUCCACGCUGGGCGCCGCCAUCCAGGACCCCGAGAGUGCCACCUACAGCAUUGUCCAGUACGACCUGCUGGCCCAGAGCCGCCAGGAGCACGGUCCUGAGGAUGACCCACUGGAUGAGAUCGUGGGCCUGUGCUGCUGUCCCACGCUGAAGGUCUUUGCGUCGGCCAGCAGAGAUGGGUCGGUGAAGGUCUGGAACGCCCAAAACCAGCUACUCAGGCACCUCAAGCUGAACACGAUCCCGGAGAGCCUGGCCUUUGGGAACGAGCGUGGGGACCUGCUGCUGGGUGUGGAGCAGCACCUGCACCGCAUACACCACAGCAAGUACCUGCCCAGGCCGUAUCUCACCAAGCUGCUGUGCAUGAGCCUCCCAGAGCCUGUGCAGGACUUGCCUUUCCCCCUGAGCGACGGCUCCCUGCGGCCCCUCGGCCAGGACGCCAGACAGCGGUUACUGCUGGAGCCUCCUUCCCUCGCUGUCAAGCUGUGCGUGCCGCUGCUCCGCUGGAAGCCCAAGAAGGAUCAGCACCUGUCUUGGGCGCGCCGGGAGAAGGAGGAGGCCUGUGCCCAGCUGGCUGCGAGGGACCAGGAUCUGCUCCUCAUUCAGCAGGGGAAGCUCUCCGCUGCCAGGAAGCCCAAGCUGAACAAGAAACUACGGGACGAGGCCUUUGAACGUUACAUGCAUCUCGUCUACAGGCAGCCACCGAAGAUCCAGAUCCCCCACAACGAUUCCUUUGAUGCAGACAUGGUUCUGGAGGCCUGUCUCCUUGGCCCACUGGUACCGAACCUCUACGGCCCGGCUGCUUCUCACAUGUUCCUAGGGGCAUUCCCCGACGGUGCCGAGGAGAACGCAGAACGUCCGAUGCUCGAGGCUCCCGUGGCAGAUGGGGUUUGCCAAGAGGACGCCCUGGAGCCUCGCGCAGGCCGGGACUCACGUUCAGCGCUUCCAGCCCCCAGUGCUUCUAAAGGGCUGGAAGACUCCCUGCGCCGCUCCUCGCUGGCAAGGAUCCGGAGUCAGAUAUCCCAGGCUCCCGUGGCAGAUGGGGUUUGCCGAGAGGAUGCCCUGGAGCCUCGUGCAGGCCAGGGCUCACGUUUAGCACUUCCAACCCCCAGUGCUUCUAAAGGGCUGGAAGACUCCCUGUGCCGCUCCUCUCUGGCAAGGAUCCAGAGUCAGAUAUCCCAGGAAGCACCAGGCACUGGCCACUGCACCUGCUGGGCUAGAUGGACCAUAGGUCUGACCUGGUGUGAGGCAGUGGGAAUGUUGUGCUGUGCUCCCGUGGCAGAUGGGGUUUGCCAAGAGGACGCCCUGGAGCCUCGCGCAGGCCGGGGCUCACGUUCAGCGCUUCCAGCCCCCAGUGCUUCUAAAGGGCUGGAAGACUCCCUGCGCCGCUCCUCGCUGGCAAGGAUCCGGAGUCAGAUAUCCCAGGCUCGCCAGGAGGCCAUGGCAGCCAGUGAGAGCCACCACAGCCAGUCGCCUUCACUGCAGAUCACCAGAGUCAAUGGCCAUGGCCCCUCCAUGUCUCAGGUCAGCAGUCAGAUGUCCAAGAGCUCGUCCCAUCUCCACGUCCGCAGGCUGUCAUCCGGCUUCCUGCCCAAUUCGGUGUUGGUGCAGCAGUUCCGGAGCCAGGAUGACAUCGAGUCUGCGAGGGAAUCACUGCUGGCCACAUGGCUGGAAGUGCAGCAGGGUCAGGCCGGGAGGACAGGCCCCGAGUGCGGCGAGGAGCUGCAUGGCGCCGAGGAGGAAGAGGACGAGGCGGCCAGGACAGCAGCAAUUCUAGAGAAGAUAUCCAGCCUUUCCCUGCCUGGCCCCAAGUGGAAGGAGGAGUCUCUGACAAGCGGUCCUGAAAGCGCAGGAGCCUCUAGGCCACAGCCUGUGCCGCUGUGCACGCCUGUUACCGAGCCAGCGUCCCCGGAGCCUGCCUGGACCUCGAGAGUGACGAGUUUUUUCCUGACGCAGCCAUAUGAGUUUGAGCAGCCCCAGGCCUCUCCCUCAGGAGGCGAGAUCCCAUCCUUCGUCCUCCAGUUCGAGGACACAGAAUGGUUCAGGCAGAUCUACCCCGUCCUCAGCUCAAUGGAUUCCCUGCAGGGACUGAGCAUGAGCAGAUUUGUGCGGCAGCUCCUGGAGGCACUGCUCACCGUGGAUGACGGUGCAAAGGCGGACAUAGUCCAAGCCAUCCUAACGCUGCACGAGCAGGUCGGGGUGGAGAACGGCCGUGAGGUCUGCAAGGCCCUGCUCCUCAUCCUGAACCAGAGCGACCCGCCUAAACUGGAGGAAAAGACUCAGAAAAAGUUUGUCCUGACCUCCCUGAAUGCCCUCAUGGCCUUCUGCAGAGACAGCAAGGAGCUGCUGCUGGAGCUUAUGGCAUACUUCUUGUACAGUCCCGUCUCCAGCAGGGGGUCCAUUAAGGCUCUUUUCAUAGAGCUGGGCCUGGAGGAUCCACACAACUAUUUCUACCAGGAGAUGGACUCUUGGGACCAUUCCAGGAAGAAGCCUGUCACCAAGGCAGCGCUGAGGAGAAUCUGCGCACAGUGGCUUGAAGGAGUGAUGCAGGAUUUCCAGGAUCACAGGAGCAGCACGUUGGAGCUGUUCCAGGCACGGGCGGGGAAAAGGCACUUCCCUGGCAGCAGCCCAAAGGCUAAGAAAGCUGCAGAGAGGAGCAAGGUUUUUCCAUCUGCUGGCAGCCCAGAGCCGCCAGUGGGGCCAAUAAACGCAAUAAACCAUUUCUGUAAAGUGCAAAUGAAGAGGGAUUUGGAGGAUCUGAAACAGCCAAAAUCUGCUGGAGCUCAGGAAACCAAGAACACAGUGAUAGCCUUGCCUUCCAUUGGGAGGAGCCAGGCCAUCUUGCGGCUCGGAGAGACCAACACUAUGGCGCGAAGGAGACCACCCCAACGUUUCUACCUUCCGCGCAUUUUUCCACUCCCUUUGUUGACGGGAUUUGUACAUGCUAUUAAAUUGCCAAUGCCAAGAAUCAACGUGAACCCAUUUCCACCUGAUUCUGACAUGCCAGCUUCACAAAAUACAUUCAUCUCCAUGCAUCAGAAAGUCCAGAAAUAUUUCAUCCCAAAGUUCUCACUUGCAGAUAGCUAUCCCUGAAGACAUGGCUAGCCAAGAUGGCUUUGCAUCGACCGGACUCCUAGACUUGAUAAUUAGCAGAGGCCACUGAAUACAGAAUGUUAACAGGCUCUUCUAGGUCUGGCUAUAAGGAAACUAAAUAAACUAUAGUCUAUAUAUAUGGUAAAGAUGGGAGGUCCAGCUGAGUUAUACACCAUCUGGGUGGAGCAAGCCCCGCAAAACAAAACGCACCGGGGAAAUAAUA